UCGUGAUUCUCCUGAAAAGAAGUGUUUAGGCAAGAAGGCCUGGUUGCUAAGCAGAGUGUAACAGGAAGCUUCAACUGUAAAGUUACUAAGGAAUCUCUCAUUCCACGGCUUUGGAUUAUUUUUUACAAUUCUGACUCAGCAACAGAGGAUAAAAAACCAUGAUAUGAUGAAUAAGCCACACAAGUAAGAAAUACAGAUGUGGACUAUAGACCUCCAAAGUAGAAUUAAGCUGGUCGAGGAUAUGUGCCAGACAUUGGAAAAGUUAAGAGAUUGCUGCUUCUCAUGGAUACUGUGGUUGUGAAGUUGUUGGCAUGUCAAGGCCACAGUUAAUAUGGGGAAGGAGAUGAGAAUAGGGCAAACUACAUUUUCUGUUAUUACCAAGGUUCAGCCAGGGACUGAUAACAUCUGAACAUACCAAACCAAACAGGCAAACUCUUGCACCAUCAUUACCACCACAUUUUACCACAAAAGAAUGUAACUGUAUGUGGAUUCCAAGCAGGCUAAAAAGAAAAAGAGCUGAUUAGACCUCAGACUGCCCACUGAACGGGAUGACGGCCACGGCUGCAGUGGAGACACCAAAAAUGGAGAAGAAUGCCUCCAAGGAAGAGAAACAACAGUCUAAGCAAGACAGCAUGGAGCAGAGCAAUGCUGAGUCUGAAGAGUGGAUAAACUCUGAAAGUGACCCUGAACAGAUGAGCCUUAAGAGCAGCAACAAUGACAAUAGCUACCAACCUGGGGAUGCUCAGCUGAAAAAAAAAGAAAUUCCCUCUAAGCCACACCGUCAGCUCUAUAGAUCACCCUGCUUAGAUCAUCCAAGCUUCUCCCAGAGCAGCAUUCUGCAAGAGGGGAAGCUUGACUUAGAAAAGGAAUACCAAGCCAAGAUGGAUUUUGCUCUAAAGCUGGGCUAUGCAGAGGCACAGAUUCAAUCAGUAUUGAACAAGCUGGGCCCAGAAUCACUUAUUAAUGAUGUAUUGGCAGAGCUCGUCAGACUUGGGAACAAAGGUGAUUCGGAAGGGCAGGUCAGCUUGAGUCUGUUAGUGCCUCGGGGUCCCAGCUCCAGAGAGAUCGCAAGCCCUGAACUGUCUCUUGAAGAUGAAAUAGACAGCAGUGAAAAUUUGAGGCCAGUUGUCAUAGAUGGAAGUAAUGUGGCAAUGAGCCAUGGGAAUAAAGAAGAGUUCUCCUGCAGAGGAAUACAACUUGCUGUGGAUUGGUUUCUAGACAAAGGCCAUAAAGAUAUUACUGUAUUUGUGCCUGCAUGGAGAAAGGAGCAAUCCCGCCCUGAUGCACCAAUUACAGAUCAAGACAUCCUACGUAAACUGGAGAAAGAAAAGAUUCUUGUCUUCACACCAUCCCGAAGGGUCCAGGGCAGGAGAGUUGUCUGUUAUGAUGACCGGUUCAUAGUCAAAUUGGCUUUCGAUUCCGACGGCAUCAUUGUAUCUAAUGAUAACUACCGAGACCUUCAAGUUGAAAAGCCAGAAUGGAAGAAGUUUAUAGAGGAGCGGUUGCUGAUGUAUUCUUUUGUGAAUGACAAAUUUAUGCCUCCAGAUGAUCCUUUAGGACGCCAUGGCCCAAAUCUUGAAAAUUUCUUGAGAAAGAGACCUGUUGUUCCGGAGCAUAAGAAGCAACCCUGCCCUUACGGCAAAAAAUGCACCUAUGGCCACAAGUGCAAAUACUACCAUCCAGAGCGGGCCAACCAACCACAGCGUUCAGUGGCUGAUGAGCUCCGCAUCAGUGCCAAACUGUCCACAGUGAAAACCGUGAGUGAAGGCACCCUGGCCAAGUGUGGCACAGGGUUGUCUAGUGCCAAAGGUGAGACAACCUCAGAAGUCAAACGUGUGGCCCCCAAGCGCCAAUCGGAUCCCAGCAUCCGGUCCAUGGCUGUGGAGUCUGAGGAAUGGCUGUCCAUUGCCCGUAAGCCUGAGGCUAGCUCUGUCCCCUCACUUGUGACUGCCCUAAGUGUCCCCACAAUCCCACCCCCCAAAAGCCAUGCAGUGAGUGCACUCAACACCCGUUCGGCCAGCAGCCCAGUGCCAGGAUCCUCUCAUUUCCCCCAUCAGAAGGCCUCACUAGAGCACAUGGCCAGCAUGCAGUACCCCCCGAUCCUGGUUACCAACAGCCAUGGGACCCCUAUUAGCUAUGCUGACCAAUACCCAAAGUUUGAGUCCUUGGGGGACCACGGCUACUACUCAAUGUUAGGCGACUUCUCCAAACUGAACAUCAAUAGCAUGCAUAAUCGAGAGUACUACAUGGCUGAAGCAGACCGAGGGGUAUAUGCCCGGAAUCCCAACCUCUGUCCUGACAACCGUAUGAGCCAUACCAGGAACGACAACUAUUCCUCUUACAACAACCUGUACUUGGCUGUAGCUGAUAGCCAUCCUGAAGGCAGUUUGAAGCUGCAUCGCUCCUCAUCUCAGAACCGUCUUCAGCCUUUUCCUCAUGGUUACCAUGACGCCUUAACGCGAGCGCAGAGCUAUGGUCCAGAGGAUUCUAAGCAAGCCCCCCACAAGCAGUCAGUCCCCCACUUAGUUCUUCAAGCCCAGCACCCAGCAACUGGAGCAUGCUCCAGCUGUCCUGGAGACUACUCUAUGCCUCCCAAUAGCCAUCCUGGGGCAACACCUCAGCCAGGACGUGCCCUUGUCAUGACUCGGAUGGACAGCAUUUCUGACUCCCGCCUCUAUGAGAGCAACCCCAUGAGGCAAAGACGACCUCCUCUGUGCCGAGAACAACAUGCCAGCUGGGACCCACUGCCCUGUGCAACUGAUUCCUAUGGCUACCAUUCCUAUCCCUUGAGUAACAGCCUCAUGCAACCAUGCUAUGAGCCAGUCAUGGUACGGAGCGUGCCUGAAAAGAUGGAACAGCUUUGGAGGAAUCCUUGGGUUGGAAUGUGCAAUGAUAACAGGGAGCAUAUGAUCCCAGAGCACCAGUAUCAGACUUAUAAGAACCUCUGCAAUAUUUUCCCUUCAAACAUCGUCCUUGCAGUGAUGGAGAAGAAUCCCCAUACAGCAGAUGCCCAACAAUUGGCAGCUUUGAUUGUUUCUAAGCUUAGGGCUGCACGUUGACAUGACAUAGGACUUUU